UUGCUAAGAUAAAGAUACUUAAACUUAAAUGUAUUGAUCCUAUAAGAUUCACCUAUUGACGUUACGCGAAAAUCAUACAAACUUCUUUCGACGAAUUUUGGUUGGAAAACUUAAGCAGAGGUUUAUUUGGAAGAUAGUUAGUUUUUAUCCCGGCACUUUCUCCUCCAUUGUCCGGCUUUUGCUAGGUUGAGAUUGAAACAACUCGGCAAUCACACUUUUGGCGGACCAGAAGAUCUGGCCGAAACAGAUAUUGGCCGUCUCAACAAGUUUGUCAUAGGCACAAAGCGCUUUGUCGACAUGUAAGGGUCUAUUGAUCCGGCUCAUAGGAGUUUUGGGUACCACAACGGACCGGCGUUUAAGCUGUCCAAGUGUGAUCCUUCUUAGGAUCGACCCUCUAACCUAACCUAGUUUUUAUCAACGCAAAUUUAACGAAAAAAGUAUUGAAUACAUUAAUUUAUUUUCGAAAUUCGAAUUUUUUCAAAACCUACAUACACAAACACAAUCAAAAUCCCUCAACAUUCAUAUAAAAAAUCGAAGAGUUUUCAACCGCAGAACUUUAUAAAUUUUAUCACCAUAUUCAAUUAAUAAAUUAGACUGAUAUAUCCGUUGACCCACGCAUGCUGUUAAUUUCCCAAACAACGGCAUUCAUGUGUAUUUGCGUGAGAAGCCAACAACAUGAAAUGACGCUUCGCUAAAAAUAGCGACAAAAUUUUUCAUUUAAUAUUUUUAAACGAAAAUCAUCUUGAAAAUCGGCUAAAAUGAUCGAAAACACAAACAAUCUCGCCGGCAUAUAAAAUGAACGAGCGCCGAAAUUUUUCAGUUCAAAAUCGCAGCGAACGCGUAGCAGCAAAGACGAGAACGAGCGGAAAAUCGUGAAAAAUCGCGGAAGUACCAAAAAAAGCGUGAAACUAUAUUAUUUUCAUUAAGUUCAAAUAAAAGAUGUCAGUAGUGCCACUAAUGUUCCGUGACUGGUGGGAUGAUUUCGAAAUUCCAACGCGCACUUCGCGCCUCUUGGACCAGCAUUUCGGCACUGGGCUAAGACGCGAUGACUUGCUGUCAUCCGUUUGGAACUCCCGUCCAACAAUGUUGCGUUCCGGCUACUUGCGGCCAUGGCAACGCUCACCCACCAGCUUGCAGAAGCAGGAAUCUGGUUCCACUUUGAAUAUCGACAAUGAGAAAUUUGAAGUGAUUUUGGAUGUACAACAAUUCACACCCAGUGAGAUUACCGUCAAGGUGACCGACAAGUUUGUACUCGUUGAAGGUAAACACGAGGAGCGCCAGGAUGAGCAUGGUUUUAUUUCCAGACAGUUCUCCAGACGCUAUAUGCUGCCAAGCGACGUGAACCCCGACAAUGUGACCUCAUCCUUGUCCUCGGACGGUCUUCUCACCAUCACCGCUCCCAUGAAGAAGCUGCCUCCUCCUGCCACUGAACGCGUGGUGCCAAUCUCACAAACUGGCCCAUCCUCGAAGGAAGAUAAUGCCAAGAAAAUCGAGACCACCACCGCCUAAGUCACUCCUACGGCUUCGGUAAAAACAGACUGUUUUCCAUUCUCUAAUUCUCAUACUUAUUCAAAUGGCUCAUCAAAUGCAUUUUCAGUUAUUUAGCAUAAAUUAUAAUCAUUUACAAUUUUAUAAUUUAUUUUUUAUACUAAAGAAAAAAGUAAAAAAAUAACGAAAAAGAG